AUACUAACCACAUCCAUCUACCAUUAUAGGGAUUUUUAUUCUUGAUUAUGAAUUAUGAUCUAUCUAUCUCAAAUUCCCCCAACUUUUCUACUUCUUGUACAAAAAUAUUUAAAACAGUUUUAUUGAAAAGCCUACAAAACGUUACGCUUGCAUUUUUAGUUUGCAUUUCUUUGUACGUUUGCAAUGAAUUUCUUCAAUAGAGUCGGCCAAAUAGGUCUAGGAGUCGCCCUAGUUGGAGGUGUGGUUAAUUCCGCAUUAUAUAACGUUGAUGGAGGACAUCGUGCCGUAAUAUUUGAUAGAUUUUCUGGAGUAAAAAACCAGGUUGUAGGCGAGGGCACACAUUUUUUUAUUCCAUGGGUCCAACGACCGAUUAUAUUCGACAUUCGAUCGAGACCUAGAAACGUACCAGUAAUCACUGGCAGCAAAGACUUGCAAAAUGUGAAUAUCACCCUACGUAUCCUCUUCAGACCUUUCCCCGAUCAACUACCAAAAAUCUACACAGUCUUAGGUCAAGAUUACGAAGAACGUGUUCUCCCGUCAAUUACGACAGAAGUUCUCAAAGCAGUUGUAGCACAGUUCGAUGCCGGUGAACUUAUUACACAACGUGACUUGGUUUCCCAGAAAGUCAGCGACCACUUAACAGAACGAGGGGCUCAGUUCGGAGUUAUUCUAGAUGACAUCUCCAUUACUCAUCUGACCUUUGGUAGAGAAUUCACUCUGGCUGUCGAAUUAAAGCAAGUCGCACAACAGGAAGCGGAAAAGGCCAGGUUCUUGGUAGAGAAAGCAGAACAGACCAAGAAGGCGACAGUUAUAUCUGCCGAAGGUGAUGCUCAAGCCGCUGUACUACUGGCAAAGGCAUUCGGAGAUACGGGCGAAGGUUUGGUCGAGUUGAGACGGAUUGAAGCUGCCGAAGAUAUUGCGUAUCAAUUGUCUAGAUCUAGACAGGUUUCAUAUCUUCCAACUGGCCAGAAUUUGUUGUUAAACUUACCAACAACUGCCACUCAGUAGUAAAUAGAAGAUCGAAGGCAUCCUAAUAGUUGCUGUGGUGCAUAUGUGGUUAUAAAUAUACCUAAUAAGAAGUCGUUUUUACUAUGAUACUUCAGACUGGUGCAUUAAAUAAGAAAGGGCCAAGUGUUUAUAUUUAAGUUGCUAUUGUAUCAAACUGCAUUUUCUAAUAUAUGAAAUGUGAAUUUAUGAAUA